AUGGAAUCAAGUCGAAUCCUUCUUAACACUCUCCGCUAUACCCUCGGCCUUACUAACCUGCGAGAUGUGUCACAACUGACCCAAGUCUCCCAGAGCCGCCUCGAGCAAAGGUUUGACGCUAUAUCUGAGAGGUUCUCGACUAGGAGAAUGAGCAGCAUUUACAUGAGAUGGCUCAUUCACCAAGACUUUACGGUAGGAGAGCGUCUCCAAAGCCAAGUGGUUGAGCAAUGGGUUUCGUUUGUGGACUCUUGGGGAUUGGAGGUUGAAGAGGCCAUCGCCUUGUGGGCUAAAACUAUGGACGAGGACACUGAGUCGGACGAGGAAACAAAACAGCUGAGAGUUAGGAGCAAUUCUUUACGACAUGAAAUAGAGUCUCAGUUCUUUAAACUCAAGAACCCAGAGCCCAUACCACCCUCUGGCUUGGUUGAAGCCGUGCCUCCACGGCGCAAUCACAAUAUCAAGACCCGCGGUCAAAUCAGAGAGUCUGAUAAAUAUGCGAAUGACAUAAAAACCAAAUCUGCGCUAGAGAAUUGGCCGACGAAGGAUAUCCCGUUCCCGAGCAUAGAGACUGCUGUAGAUACAGAUACAGAGUCCGAAGAAUCAUCAGAGACUGCGUCGUUGGAUAUAAAACGAGAACAUGGGGAAGAAACAGCGAAGAAAAAAGCGAGACUCGACACUGGCGGUAGUAUCCCCAGUUUGGUGUUGAAUGGCUCCGGCACGAUUUCAUCCCCCAUCGAUCUGACGAUGUGAGCCGAUCAAGUGUCGUUUGGAUAUGCAAGUCAAUACUCUUCUAGCGGGAGAUUGGAAUAAAA